AUGAGUACAACAGUUCCAAAAAUUUUCCGAAACUGCUCUCAUGAAUAUCGUUCCAAGGAUAUCAAAUAUGUACAAUGUCAUAUACCAACGGAUGCAAAUCCAUGCAAAUUAUUAACGGAAUUGCAUGAAGCGAAAGAUAUCCGAAAGUAUCUUUUUGCUACAAUUCCACUUAUACUCGCAACAUUUGCCAUUUUGAUAAAUAUUGCCUAUGGCAUAUUGAUAAUAGAAUUAUGGCGGAGGAAAAAACUGAGUUCUUUGCAUCGGUACAGUUUCCUGCUAAGUAGAACAAUAAGCAAUAUCCUUGCCCUCAUUCUUUUAUAUAUUGUUUUAAUUGCCUGGAAAUUGGAAAUAUUCCGGUAUGCAUCUGCUGUUGCAUUCAUUCUGAUCGGAUCACUAUCAUUCUUAACAUUGGCUGGUACUUACGUUGCAAUGACAACAUUACUUUAUUUAGCAAUUGUGCAUCCGUUAAGAUAUCUGUAUGCUGUUAAUGUUACUCGGUGUUUGGUUGUCAUUAUUAUUCUUUGGUUUAUUUCUAUUGCUUUUUCGCUUUUGCUUGGCUUAUAUGGUGCCACAUUGUUUUAUCCGGAAACAGCGCUAAUAUAUUGCUCAUUCGACCGAUGUCAACAACCUAUUGCUAUCUUUGUUGCUUUCCUUCUCUCUGCAUUCUUUAUUGUUGUAAUUAUAUUCUACCUAAUUACGCUUUAUUUUCUUCGCAAGAGAGAUCGAAGCAGUCGAUUGGAAACUGACAUAAUAGGAAGAAACAAUAUGCGAGCGAUGAAUAGACUGGCACUAAAUUUGAUGACAUUUACUGUUGGUUCAUUACCAAUACUUGUUGUUAUAACAAUUGCAACAGUUAAUUUGAAAAACUUGGCUGUUUUAGGCUUAGGUGAUAAGUCAUCGUGUAAAACAUUUCUUCAUGGAAGACUUUUUUUACAAGUCGAAAUUUUGGCAUGUAUUGCUGCAGUUUUUUGGGUUCUAGCGAUGAUCUUUGAUCCAAUUAUUAAUUUCUUCGCUGACCCAAAAUUCGUCGAUUCGGUUCGUUCAUGGUGGAUACGCCGACAACCCAUUUCAUGCAUUAAAUGUCAAAAUUCCAGUAUUACAGCUAUUAUUUCUAAACAAAGCAGACAUGGACAAAUGGAUAACGUUGGUACUUCUGUAAUGUUGUAG